CCUUUCAUCUUCUUCUUCGUUCUUCUUACACAUAAAACCUUUUUCUCUCGGAGCCGUUUCUUUUACGUUCUUCGAUUUCGCUUUCCGAUAGACGCUUUUCUCAAUCUGUAACGCGAUGAACCGGAGCAGCCUAUACGAGACUUACGGCGAUGAUGACGAUGACGAGGAAGACGACAUCGACUUCGAAGACAUAAGACGCGCCUGUAUGGUCUCCGACGCUAAUUCCGAUCAAUUCGCCGCUAAAACCAAUUCAAUUGAAGCUGAUGGAGACGGUGGUGAAGCGAUGCCGUCGGAUUCGGAGAACGAAGACGAUUUCGAGAUGCUUCGUAGCAUUAGGAGCCAAUUACCAUCGUCCAAGGAUGCGGAAUUGAGCAGUGGUCCUCCCGUGGGUUUAUCAUUGCCCUCGGAUUCGGAGAGUGAAGAUGAUUUCGAGAUGAUUCGUAGUAUUACGAGCCAAUUAGCAUUGUCCAUGGAUGUGCCCAUUCCUCCCAUUGGUUUAUCCGACGAUGACGACGACGAAGAUGGCGCCUUUGAAACUCUUCGUGUUAUUCGUAGGCGGUUCUCUGCUUAUGCAAAUUUCGAUGAUACGGAGGGAAAUUUCAUGAAUGAUUCUGCCGGGAAGAAAAAGCAGGUACAUGACUCGGACAAUGAACCUUCACGCGAAAUACUGAGUAGAUCUAAUACUUGUGAAAGCUUUCCAGAUCACGGGAAAUCAAUUGUCACAGUGCCAGAUUCUGAGGAUGUACAAGAUGGCCAUUCUGCUGAUGUACAUGAAAUUACUUCCGCUGAGCCUCAUGACCACCUUGAGACAAGCCAGUUAUCUCUUAUGCCAGGGAGCUCAACUUUCCCUGAAGCUGCACAAGCCUUUGUUGAUGCAAUCAGGAAGAACAGGGCAUAUCAGAAAUUUCUUAGAAGAAAAUUGGAAGUAAUUGAAGCAACAAUUGAGCAGAACGAGAAACACAAGAAAAAUGUUAAAAUAGUAAAAGAUUUCCAAGCUUCUUGCAAGAGAAUUACUAAACUAGCACUUGUUCAGAGGAAAGAUCCUCGUGUGGAAUUAAUCUCAACACGAAAAUCUGUGCCUUGUGAUAGCUCCGAGGGUAAUGAUAAAAAGACAUCUCCGUUGCUGUUGGGUCCACCGGAAAACCCUUGUGUUGCAGAUUAUAGGAUGGCACUAGAGAAAUAUCCAGUUUCAGUGGAACGGAGAAAAUGGUCUACUGAGGAGAACAAAAACCUUGCAAAAGGUCUAAAACAAGAAGUUCAAAAGAUACUACUUUAUGAAGCUAUCGAACAGUCCAGUGAUUUGGAAGGAUCUACAUAUGAUAUAGACGCCAUCAAUGAAUCGAUCCGAAAUCUUGAGAUAACACCAGAAAUGAUUAGGCAGUUUCUUCCGAAAAUUAAUUGGGAUUCCUUGGAUAUCAAAGACCGUUCUGCUGCAGAAUGUGAAGCUCGGUGGAUGAGCUCGGAAGAUCCAUUGAUUAACCACGGUCCGUGGACUGAAGCAGAGGACAAAAACCUACUCCGAAUUAUCGAAGAAAAGGGUCUUACAGACUGGCUUGAUAUCGCGGUAUCACUAGGGACAAAUAGGACCCCAUUUCAAUGUUUGGCUCGAUAUCAGAGAAGCUUGAAUGCAAGCAUAUUGAAGAAAGAAUGGACUGCAGAGGAAGAUGACCAACUUCGUGGUGCAGUAGAGUUAUUUGGCGAUAAAGACUGGCAAUCUGUUGCAAAUGUAUUAAAAGGAAGAACUGGACCUCAGUGCUCAAAUAGAUGGAAAAAGUCCCUUCGCCCUACAAGAAAAGGAAGAUGGAGCUUAGAGGAAGACAAACGUGUGAAAGUAGCUGUGACACUCUUUGGAUCUCAAAACUGGCAUAAGAUUUCUCAGUUUGUUCCUGGACGUACUGCGACUCAGUGUCGAGAGAGAUGGGUAAAUUGUUUAGAGCCCAAUUUAAAUCGUGGGAAGUGGACUAAGGAAGAGGAUGAAAAGUUGAGAGAAGCAAUUGCAAAACAUGGAUAUAGCUGGUCCAAGGUGGCUUCGGAUCUGUCUUGUCGUACUGACAAUCAGUGCCUGAGGAGAUGGAAGACUUUAUAUCCUCAUCAAGUGGCUCUUUUACAAGAAGCUAGAAGGUUACGGAAAGAAGCUAUUGUAGGUAAUUUUGUUGACCGGGAAUCAGAGCGACCUGCUCUUGUCACAGGCGCUAUUUUGGCACUACCGAAUAUAUCUCUAGAGCCAGAACCCGUUAGUGUAGCCCUGAAGAAGAAAGGCAAAGCCAAACGGAAGAAGUCAGAUGCAGAGAGGCAACCAAAGAGACGGAGGAAAGGAUUAGAGAAAUGCUCAGGAGAUGUUUGUAGACAAGAGAAUGAGACUGUUUGUGAAAAUGAACCAAACAAUGGAGGAGAGGGGAGGUUGUUGGAAGUGGAACCGUAUAACGAGAUCCAAGACAUUGGAGAGGAGAAACAAAGACGAAGGCGCAAACGUGUUGCAGCAACUGCCAACAACACCACUGGUUUAAAAAAACUUACGCCUAAGAGGAGGAAAGUGUCUGCAGUAGUUCCUAUCAAGAACCAAGACGCACCAAAUUAGGUGUUUCUUUCGCUCUUGAAAAUUUUGAAAAUUGUUGUAUGUAUAAAAUAUGUCUAAUCCACGCAUCUUUAUAGAAAACGAAUAGUUUCACUGAUUUUAAUUUUUAACAACAAAGAAAAUAUCUUGAAUUCAACAAUAAAUAAGUUGAACCUAGGCAUUUGUAGAAAACAGUAAUUGAGUAUGUGUACAAUUUUUAAUUCAA